AGGAGGAAGAGGAGGAGGAGGAGGAGGGGGAGGAAGAGGAGAAAGGCGCAGGGGUGGGAGCUGUUGCCGAAGCUGCUACAGCAAAAGUUCUCCUCCCUCCCCCCUUCCCCUCCUCUCAAGGCCCCUAGAAAGGUUGGAGCCGCCGCCGCUUGCAGUCGGUGACCGCGCGACUCUGCGCCCGCCCGCGGAUAGAGGGAGGAAUCAGCAGCUUGGAAAUUCAGCCAAGUGAUCUGACAGGAUGGGCAUUUGCCUGACAUAUUUCAUAGAGGAAUUGAAUGGCAUAAGUGAUUAAUGUGAUAUUGAGGGUUUCUGAAGCCUUUGAAAGGUAGAAACUCAACCAUGAUUUCUUUUUCAACUCUACAGCGUUCUCUUCCUUGAAGUCUUCAUUUUUACCUUAGCCUCAGGCAGUUAUACUUAAGCAUGAACAUUGACGACAAACUGGAAGGAUUGUUUCUUAAAUGUGGCGGCAUAGACGAAAUGCAGUCUUCCAGGGCAAUGGUUGUAAUGGGUGGAGUGUCUGGCCAGUCUGCCGUGUCUGGAGAACUGCAGGAGUCAGUACUUCAAGAUCGAAGUAUGCCUCACCAAGAGAUCCUUGCUACAGAUGAAGUGUUACAAGAAAGUGAAAUGAGACAACAGGAUAUGAUAUCACACGAUGAACUCAUGGUCCAUGAGGAGACAGUGAAAAAUGAUGAAGAGCAGAUGGAAACACAUGAAAGACUUCCUCAAGGACUACAGUAUGCACUUAAUGUCCCUAUAAGUGUAAAGCAGGAAAUUACUUUUACUGAUGUAUCUGAGCAACUGAUGAGAGACAAAAAACAAAUCAGAGAGCCAGUAGACUUACAGAAAAAGAAGAAGCGGAAACAACGUUCUCCUGCAAAAAUCCUUACAAUAAAUGAGGAUGGAUCACUUGGUUUGAAAACCCCUAAAUCUCAUGUUUGUGAGCACUGCAAUGCUGCCUUUAGAACGAACUAUCACUUACAGAGACAUGUCUUCAUUCAUACAGGCGAAAAACCAUUUCAAUGUAGUCAAUGUGACAUGCGUUUCAUACAGAAGUACCUGCUGCAGAGACAUGAGAAGAUUCAUACUGGUGAAAAACCAUUUCGCUGUGAUGAAUGUGGUAUGAGAUUCAUACAAAAAUAUCAUAUGGAAAGGCAUAAGAGAACUCACAGUGGAGAAAAACCUUACCAGUGUGAAUACUGUUUACAGUAUUUUUCCAGAACAGAUCGUGUAUUGAAACAUAAACGUAUGUGCCAUGAAAAUCAUGACAAAAAACUAAACAGAUGUGCCAUCAAAGGUGGCCUUCUGACAUCUGAGGAAGAUUCUGGCUUUUCAACAUCACCAAAAGAUAACUCACUGCCAAAAAAGAAAAGGCAGAAAACUGAGAAGAAAUCAUCUGGAAUGGACAAAGAGAGUGCUUUGGACAAAGCUGAUCUGAAGAAAGACAAGAACGAUUACUUGCCUCUUUAUUCUUCAAGUACUAAAGUAAAAGAUGAGUAUAUGGUAGCAGAAUAUGCUGUUGAAAUGCCACAUUCUUCAGUUGGGGGAUCGCAUUUAGAAAAUGCAUCAGGAGAAAUACACCCACCUAAGUUGGUUCUUAAAAAAAUAAAUAGUAAGAGAAGUCUGAAACAGCCACUGGAGCAAAAUCAAACAAUUUCACCUUUAUCCACAUAUGAAGAGAGCAAAGUUUCAAAGUAUGCAUUUGAACUUGUGGAUAAACAAGCUUUACUGGACUCAGAAGGCAAUGCUGACAUUGAUCAGGUUGAUAAUUUGCAAGAGGGACCCAGUAAACCUGUGCAUAGUAGUACUAAUUAUGAUGAUGCCAUGCAGUUUUUGAAGAAGAAACGGUAUCUUCAAGCAGCAAGUAACAACAGCAGGGAGUAUGCGUUAAAUGUCGGUACUAUAGCUUCUCAGCCCUCUGUAACACAGGCAGCUGUGGCAAGUGUCAUUGAUGAAAGUACUACAGCAUCCAUAUUAGAUUCACAGGCACUGAAUGUGGAGAUUAAGAGUAAUCAUGACAAAAAUGUUAUUCCAGAUGAGGUACUGCAGACUCUGUUGGAUCAUUAUUCCCAUAAAGCUAAUGGACAGCAUGAGAUAUCAUUCAGUGUUGCGGACACAGAAGUGACUUCUAGCAUAUCAAUAAAUUCUUCAGAAGUACCUGAGGUCACCCAGUCAGAGAAUGUUGGAUCAAGCUCCCAAGCAUCCUCCUCAGAUAAAGCCAACAUGUUGCAGGAAUACUCAAAGUACCUGCAGCAGGCUUUGGACAGAACUAGCCAAAAUGAUGCCUAUUUGAAUAGCCCGAGCCUUAACUUUGUGACUGAUAACCAGACCCUUCCAAAUCAGCCAGCAUUCUCUUCCAUAGACAAGCAAGUCUAUGCAGCCAUGCCCAUCAAUAGCUUUCGAUCAGGAAUGAAUUCUCCACUAAGAACAACUCCAGAUAAGUCCCACUUUGGACUAAUAGUUGGUGACUCACAGCACUCGUUUCCCUUUUCAGGUGAUGAGACAAACCAUGCUUCUACCACAUCAACACAGGACUUUUUGGAUCAAGUGACUUCUCAGAAGAAAGCUGAGGCUCAGCCUGUCCACCAAGCUUACCAAAUGAGCUCUUUUGAACAGCCUUUUCGUGCUCCAUAUCAUGGAUCAAGAGCUGGGAUAGCAACUCAAUUUAGCACUGCCAAUGGACAGGUGAACCUUCGGGGACCAGGGACAAGUGCUGAAUUUUCAGAAUUUCCCUUGGUGAAUGUAAAUGAUAAUAGAGCUGGGAUGACAUCAUCACCUGAUGCCACAACUGGCCAGACUUUUGGCUAAAAAAAAAAAUAUGUAAAUAAUACUGGCACUUUAGAACAGAUUAAUCAAGAGAGGGGUUACUCUGUGUAAAAUGGAGUGCUGUACAGAUUUAAGAGCAAUGCGUUAUAACAAGUUAAGCUGGUAUGAAUAGCAAGAUAAUCCAAUAACUGCAUUUUGUUUGGUUAGUCAGCAUUCUUUGAACUGCCUUACAUGUUGUCACCUUCAUAGAAGCAACGCAUUACUUGUUUUAGAUCAGAAACUUGCUAUUCCACCUACACCAAGUUAAAAAGGAAAAAAAAAAAAAGACUUUCGCACAAUUGUUUCCUAACUGAUAACAUUGUACAUUCUUAGGAGAUUAGUAAUUGUGUGAAAUUUAGUCAUACUAUUUCUAAGUUUUUCAGCAUAGUCAUUGCACUUCAGCAGGGAAUCUGAGUAUACUUUACAGAGUGAACUUAAAAGUUUAAAUGUCAAGAGAUUUUGGCUUAAAUAAAUUAGUAUGUCCUAUAGGAGGAAAAAAAAGAAACCAAGAAACCACUUUUUAAAAAGAAUGAUAUGCCAUAUACCCUUGAGUUUCAUUUUGCAUUAUAUUGACAUGUGUUUUUUGAAGAAAAAAAGUAAUAAAAAUCUGAUAGUCUAAGACUUCACUAUUUAAAAGCCUAAUUACUUUUAAAAUAUGCAUACUUUCAAAACUUUUACCAAAAUACACAUCUGUUGAAGCAUUCACUUCCCAGUGGAGGUAUGCAUAUUGGUGUCAGUUUCUUUGUACAGUUGUACCUAGAUAUUUUUUAUGAUUUUUCAUGUGCAGGUAUCAAGGUUUUGAAGUUUUAGUAAAAUAAUAUUCUGUAGAUUACAUUCCCAAGAACAUAAUGCUUACACAAAAUGUAU